AUGAGCCGGCAAGUUACUCUGGCAACCGCCGCACUGCUGGCGGUGAUGUGCUGCGUCGACGCCCAGCGUCGUUUGGCUCUUCCUGACCCAAAAAGUUGCGCCAACAGAGUUCGCCACUCUACGUACCGCGACGCCCGCGGUGUUCUCCAUUCUUACUUCUUUAGUUGGGAACAUGCCCCUACUCGUAACCUGGAAGUAGACUGGCUUGACGCCAGAAAUAUUUGCCGUCGUCACUGCAUGGACACGGUUUCAAUGGAAACUCCACAGGAAAAUGAGUUCAUUAAGCAAAGAAUCGCUCGUGGCAACGUCCGGUAUAUUUGGACGUCUGGUCGCAAAUGCAACUUCGCCGGUUGUGACCGUCCGGACUUGCAGCCACCCAAUGUGAAUGGCUGGUUUUGGUCCGGUUCUGGCGCAAAGAUCGGUCCGACCACACAACGUAACACUGGCGAUUGGUCUUACACAGGCGGGUAUGGCCAGCCUCAACCGGACAAUAGAGAAGCCGCUCAGGGCAAUGACGAGUCUUGUCUGUCAAUACUCAACAAUUUCUACAACGACGGCCUCAAGUGGCACGACGUGGCCUGCCAUCAUGUAAAGCCUUUCGUUUGCGAGGACAGCGACGAGUUGCUUAACUUCGUACGUUCCAGAAAUCCAGGUCUCCGUAUAUAG